AUGACUACAGACCAGGCAACGCGACAACUUUCGAAACAUGCUCAAAAUCAUUUCACUUAUUCUUGGACGAUUAGAAGUUUUAAUGAACUAGUCACUUUCUAUCCGAAUACAGGUUUCGUUCUAAGUGACAGAUUUUGGUCACCACGACCUCCAUUAACGACAGAUUUAACUUCGACAAAAAACAAACAAAAUGAUCAUCCAUACUUAUGGCGUAUCAAAUUAUACCCUAAUGGUGUAAAUGAAGCUGCUAAAGGUCAUAUAUCUUUGUAUUUAGUGGCCAUACAAACCCCUUAUGAGAAGGAGAAUAAUAUAACGUUUAGGGAAAAAACUUUCAAAUUGGAAGUAUUUCGUCUUACUUCCGAUCCUAAUUCCACACCUUUUUCAUCAUCAACCCCUCACCUUAUUCGACAUGAAACUUUUACCAUGAAAUUUGAAUUUGAAGGUUUAGAUGACUUUGGUCGUCAUCGUUUUUGUUCGUUUGAAAAUUUGUUUCCAAAUAAUGAUACGAAUGCAGAAAUCGAUCUGCUCAUAAGGGUUCACAUUUUUAAUACCACCACUACUGAUGAUCCAACAGAUGAACCCAUAGAACAUAUUGAAUCAGAAUUCCCUUCUUUUGAACAACAUUUAGAUGAUGGGAGGUUUAGUGAUAUAGAAUUCACUUUUGAUUGUGGAUCUGUCAUAAAAGCACAUCGAAUAAUUCUUGCUACGAGGUCUUCAUAUUUUGAAAAAUUGUUGGGUGAUAAGUGGAAAGAAGGACAGAUGAAAACAAUACCUAUAAAACAUAUGGCAUAUACCACUUUUCGUUCUAUAUUAUACUAUCUAUACACUGGAAGUUUAGAGGAUGGACUGGGGUUUGAUGUAUUGAAAGAUAUUUAUUCAAAAGCUGACAUGUUAAAUCUCGAAAGAUUCGGUGAGAUGGUAGCUGAUCGAAUCGCGGAUAUGGUAAACGGUGAUAACUGGGAUGAAAUACUAAUGUUGGCAUGGGAAGUUAGUGAUGUUCGUCUAAAAGAAGCUGCACUCGAUUAUGCUGUAACAAAAUGGGAUGAAAUCAGAGAUGGUGCAAACAUGAAAAGGGUGAUGGCUUGUGGUAAUAUGGAUUGGAUUGAAGAAUUAAUGAAGGCUAGAUAUAUAAGCAUGCAAAUUUCAUAA